UUCGUGCUUUUAGUGAAGACUUGAAGUGGAGAAUUGUUUUUCUUUAUCAUGAUGGUCAUAAUCAAGAAAAAAUUGCCAAAUUAUUACAUAUUUGUAAAGGUACUUUUAAGAAAGUUUUACAAAUAUAUGUGCGAUGGAAAACAGUUGUAGAUCCUUGGCAAAGACCAUUAAGACGUCAUAAAACACUAACUUGGAGUGAUAUGAAG